UAUGAGCCAGAUGCCUCGCAGUCACAACCCCUACCUAGACAGAGAGCAUUGCCUGUUAUGUCGCCGUGAGAGGCCGGACCCUCCAGCUAAUCGCAUACCCCCUGGGGUUGGUAGUGAGAAGGAAAAUAACAGGCAGUUACCCAUAACACAGAUGCCACUUUGGUUAUGUCCUGACUGCCGCCGUACUGUGGAGGAAGAAGAAGCUAACUCUACCAAGAACUUUGAUCCAUCAGCUAUUGGGGAGUUGCUACUACCUUCUACACUUCCCCUAAUCACUGGUCUUGAUGGGGCAUUCAGCUCAUCCUCCAGUGUGGGAGGGGACACCUCAUCCGUGGUAACCAGUACCAGCGGAGGCAAGGGAGGAAGCGGUGGUGGUGAUGGGAGAGGAGGAGGGGGUGGAGAUGGGCCAUGUCAGUGUGAGCCAUGCAGGGAGAGGAGGGAGAUUGCAGCCGAGCAGGAGCACUCCCGUCAGCAGCUGGGGGAGUGCUGGACGGAGCUGAGUCACCUUGUACGCUGUGUCUAUUGGGAGGCUGGUACCUCUCUAACUGGUGAGGAAAGCACAACUAAGCUGAGUCUACCGCGAAUGAAAGAACUGGUCCGUCGUCUCUGUGCCCAUGACCCUCAUCUACUCUACAUGAGGAUGGAGGCGGAGGUAGAGGACUUCAUCAAGGAGAUGAGGGAGAGGCUACUCAAGCAGCUAGAUGGGGGCUUCAGGACACCGCCCCUUGCCAAACAGUUCAUCACCAUGCUGUUGGAAGAGUAUGCAGCGCUUUGUUCGGCGGCUCAAACACUACUGGCGAUCUUAGAAGAGUUGGAGAAAGAGCACCUUCACAAGUUCAACCUGACGUGGCCGCUGCACAACAAGCACCUGUUUCAUUCCCUGAUCUACAUGGAGCCAGGUCUUCAUGAUAACCUUGGUACACUCAUCAAGCAGCUUAGGACUGUGGCUAGUCAGAAGGAACCCUACCAUGAAGACUGCUACUCUAAUCUACUCCAGAGAUAUCUACAAUUUGACAAUGAUAUGUCAGUGAUUGCAGUGGUUUGGAGGGAUUGUCAGCAGCUGAUUGAAGACUAUACUGAUGAACAGGAAUUGUACAAAGGGAAGGAGGCCCUCAACCGCUCAUGGGAUACAGGCGUGACCACAACAAGGCCACGUCCGCUAUCCUGUGAGGCCAAUAAGACGAGUAACAGCAGGAAUCUUUACCAUUGCCACUCUGCAUUGAUCAAUCACAUGGCUAAUGGGAGUGGGACUCAAGAGAAUAAAACUACGAACCACAGAGGCUCUACAAAGAAAAAGUGCCUGUGUGAUGACUGCAGCCUAAACAGACUUACGUCAAGCCUGUUGACCCCUGACCUCUACGAAGAGAUUGGUCUGAAGCACCUGAGCGAGGCAGCACCCGGGGGCCAGCUAUCGGCCCUGGAUACCUACCUUCAGUCUAUCAAUCCGCCCGACCUGUCUUCCACCACAUCCUCGUCGGAUUGUUCUUCCCAAGGCGACAGUGAAGAAGUCAUCCCCAUCUUCUCUCGUAGUGAUCUCAUUCACUCGGGUUUCUGUUCUCCAAGAAGCGACGACUCCGAUGACUCCGACGACCUGGACUCGGAUUCAUCUCCUUCACCGUCCCAUGAGAAUGCCUUUGAAGACGAAGACGAUGACGGGGAAGGAAGACAGAAUGAGAACUCAUCGUCGAGGGGGAGGACGAGGUGUAGAGCGUCUUACUCUGGUGGUGACAGGCAGAGCAAUGGUGGUGAUGUCAAGAAGGAUUCCAAUGUUUCCAGUAAUCAGCCCUGUGAGUGUCAUGUUUGUUCCGCCAACAACUGUUCACAUCUACCUACUGCUGCCAUGAUGACUGGAGACAACAAACCCUCGUACCUCUUUUAUCCAAACCUCCAGAGCCACCAACCACUAGACCUCAGCCAUCCGGGCAUCUCGGCCAAACACCCUCUCAUCCACCCACAUCUAUACAACCUGACCUCGCAGAAGCCCAACAAGAUCCCUAACCACUCCCAACAAGCAUUCCAGCUCAGUCUUGACGCUUCAGACGGGCUCCAGAACUACGGCGACUGGAACAGUGCCUAUGAGAGCGCCAAGAUGGUCCUUCACACGCAUUCUCACGCUCACUACGGGCAUGAGGAGGCACCAGACCUCAUUCAGAGUGCCAAAGCAGCAAUCCAGUCAAACUGCCGUGCGGAGAAGAGCGAAAACCGUUCAGCAAAGAUAGUACCAGUUCAUCAGGGGCAACAUAACUCUGAAGGAAAGGCCAAGGAGGAGAAAGGGAAGAAGCACAACCAUGAUGGCUCCGGGGUAAUCAGCAAUGGUAUAAGCGAGUGGACCAAGCAACAGAGAUUAGCACAACACCUCCACAACGAGAGGGGCAAGAACUCUAGUCUUGUAGCUCAAGAGCUUUGUGCCAAGCAUAAUUUUCCAGCGGUACCGAAGCUUCCCAACAACGUCUUAAUCUCCCCAACUCUCCUUCAGGGAACGGAUGCAACGAGCGGAACGGUGACCCAAGAGAGUCUGGCACAGCAGUUCAGCUCGGGGGUUCUAACUCAGCAGGCUCUGAUGACCCAGGGCAUGCUGGCUGCUCAAGGGACAAGCCUUCAGUUGCAGAAUGCAGGCAUUCAUGUGGCUGAUGUGCACCAUCUCCAGCAGCAGCAGCAACAGCAUGCUGCACCAUCAGAUGGCAAGAAGAAGAAGAAGAAUCAAGGUGGUGUGGAGGAUAGUUUACCUGCUGAACCAACAGUCAGAUUACCAGAUUACCUAAAUGAGCAGCACCUGCAUACGUGUUCCCAUCAGAACCAAAUCUCCCACUCAUCCAGUGUCCUGGGCACCAAUGCUGGCCUGUGUAGUAGCUCCAUGCAGACUACGCCUAGUACUCCAAACUCCGCCAGUGUGUGCAGUAGUGAACCAGACUAUGAAACCCCCAACUACCAACAUGACGAGGACACGCCCAGUAACUAUGACGACAAGGACUCAAACGCAUCAAGCACCACCAGGGAGAGAGAAUCUAAACAUUGUGAAUGCUGCUACUGUGAAUUCUUCGGCCAGGGGCCCCAACCUGCUCCAACCAGUCGAAACUACACUGAAAUCAGAGACAGACUGCGACUAAGACUAAGAGAGCGAAAGCAACCCAAAGACCAUUCACCUUCCCAUGAACCACCCACUCCACAUCCUCCUAAUGACCUGCUACACGCGGACGAACGCAAGGUGGAGGAUCUACUCUCGUUCAUAGAGGGCGCUAAAAAGACCAAGAGCAAUUCCAAAGCAGCUAAACGACAGCGGCAGAGGCAGAAGAAGGCUGAGCAAAAAUCCAAAAGUGUGCCUGAUAAUGGUCACAAGAAAGACAUCCAUGUACCUGUGUCUCUACACCAUCACCAUCACCACCACCACCAUCAUCAUGUGGAAGUAUCCAGGGAGAAGCAACAUGAGGCAACAUCUCAGCACAACACCAUCUGUACGGCAAAGCCUUCCCAUCCAAUCAAACAACUACAUCAGGCUCCUGCCAAACAACAAUCGCAGCCUCAAGAAACCCAGCAGUCCGAGUCCAAGUCUGUACCGACAUCCAAGGGUCACCCCAGACCACAGUCGGACCAACACACCCGCGUGGUAGCUUCUCAACCCUUGUGCAUGUCGAUGACUGCGUCUUCACCAUCAGCAGAGUCGUCCAAACAAGCUUCCGCAAACUCCAGAGCAGUUCCCAUGGUGACUUCUCAGGAGAGUGUCCCCAAAGGCGAAAGCAACAGUACCAGCAAGAAAGGCAAAGGUUCAGGAGUGACCCUACCGCAAGUUCAGGCAGUUGCGCCAUCAUCGAACAGUGGUAAUAAGAACUUUGAGAAUAAAGCCAAAGGUAAACAGAAUGGAGCUGGGAAGCAGGGACCAUCGUUAGCUCAUCAUCCUUCAGAGGCUAGCAUGGAUGGCAGAGGAAAGCCAGAUCAAGAUACAGGGAAAUCCCUGAAUAAGCGUGAUCAUGUGGUCAGCAAUAAGACAGGCAGUCAAUCAUCACAGCAGAGAAUUGUCCAAAAUCAGAAGCAUCAGCAGCAACCGAAGACCGACAAGACACCCAGACAUGACAACACUAAUGCAUGGAAGACGUCUACAAUGGGAGGACAGGAGAGGUUACUGAAUGGUAAUGUAAGUGACAGCUGCAGUGGCAUUAGCAGCAGGUCUAACAGUGUUGGUAGCAAGACCAACAACAGCAGGACCAAGCAGGGUGGAGCUCCUUCAACCAACAUUGAUGACCCCCAUUUGAAGAAGCAGGCUAAUCUCAAGCCCUCACAUGGUAUGCUGAUGUCAGCAGCAACAGCACAGGGUAAUCCAAAGGCCACUACCACCAUCAACACCAAGAAGGCCAACCAGACUUCCAACAGCAUCAAGGAAAAGCUGCCACAGAAGAUGGAGGAGACAGCCACUGCCAGACUGGCCAGCAAGCGAUCAGAGACCAAUCACAAGAUGGACGCCAGGACAUCUCACAAUGGGGGUGGUCAUGACCAGAUGACUAACGGACUAGCGCUGUCUAACGGAAGCAGCACCACCAACAAGAGACGAAAGAAGAAGAAGAACUCUGACAAUCCAAAUGCAUCCAUUGAUGAGAUCUUCCUUCCAAAGGAAAAUAUAGACAUGAACGAAAUGGACGAGACUGAGAGAGAGCUUGAAGCUUUCAAAAGGUUCUGCAUGGCUUCUACCCCUCAGCAACACAAGGAGAAGGUUGUCUUCAACGUCAAGGACCUAGCCCUGAAGAAGAGUAGCCUUCAGGCUCAUUAAGAAGCAUCAUUCCAUACAUGUACCAACUAGACCAAGACAACAGACCCAAAGCACCACCUCUCUCAAUGGAAACAGGGUGUCCUGCACUAGAGACCUGGAGACUUGAAUCAAAAGUCUAAUGAGAUAUCGUACUUUUAGAUGAAUUUCACAGACCAAACCAUGAGACUUGAAUCGAAUCCACUGAGAUUUCACCAUAUAGAUAAAAUUCACAGACCAAAUGCAAUAUGCUCACUUCCAUGAAGCAACUCUUACAAAGAAAUGAUGAUCACCCUUCAUUUACCUUACAUUUCGUUGAUAUGAGGUCUGAUCAGCCCUGAUAAUAGGUGGUUAUCAAUAGGGUUAUGGUCUCAAGACCAGGAUAGAACUAAAUGCUGCUGUUACCAACUAGACCCUAGGACUGAAGGACAAAGUUAUCACUUCUUGCACUGAAACUUAUGUUCCAUGGUUGGCACUAAAGAAUGCAUCCAGACAAUUUUUUUUUACAAAUUUCAACAAAAAGGAUAAAAGAACCCAAAGCAAAAUUAUCGAUCAUAUUUAGAAAAGAUUCAGGUACUACACAGAUUCCAAUGACUUCCAGCAUCAUUGAUAUUGCUCUUUGAAAACAAAAUAAAUGCCACCAAAAUAAUCCAAGACAAUAUGAUACCUUCGUCUGCCCGUACUUGUUCUAAGAUCCAGCUUACAUUCUAUUCAUCACCAAUAUCAGACCAAGACGUAAGAUAGGCUUCUAAACUUUUAAAGUAGCAAUGGGACUAAGAGGCAAAAAACUUCCCUUUUAUUUUUGCUGUUUCACAAUCCACUCUUAUACAACCACCGCUUUCACCACUGGGCAAUUGCAUAAUGUAUGUUCGUCAUACUUCCGAUGUGGGGUCAUCCUGAAAAUAUUUGUCUCUCUUUUUUUUUUUUAUUCAUAUGAUCAGUUGAAAUCCUCUCAGAUUAUUGCAUAUGCCAUCAUUUCAUAAACUGUCAUAUAAAAUGGAGAGCAAUUGGGGUCCUGACAAACGAAAUUGCUUAAUAUUAUUUUAUGAGAUAGCCUUCCUACAAAUUCUCCAUCUCUGUAUUGGCCCACACUUGAAUGAUGAAUAGGACUCCAUCCUAAUGAUUACGAAUCAGUUGUUCAGCUGUGCAAUAUAUGAAUCACACAUAUUUCUAGACAAAUGCUGAAAAUGUUGUUGAAAUACAUUUUACAUCAAUUAAGUAGAGGUAGAGGUCUGAAGACACUCACAUAGAAUCUAUCAGGUAGAUCUGAAAAGACAAUUUUUUUUUUUUACACAACAGAAGAUUAACGCAGAGCUUCAAUUCAGUGGAUUCACAAUACGGUGCGCCAUCUAUCGGUUGGCAGCGGACAGGCAAAUUUCUAACUGUUGGGUCGACAUCACACGCAGGCUAGGCGCAGCCAGCGCAUAGUGCUGGUAUAAAGAUGAUUAAAAAAUGAAAACCAUAUAAGCGGAGGAAGAAUUCACCAAAAACUGUCUAAAUUUCCCAAAGAAAUCUGCAGCAAAUUUCUCUCCCAUCUCCUGGUAAACAGCACAAUUUUAUGCAAACUGGCCGAGCCGCGUUGGUCAUUGCAUAAUCGUUAUAGCGCUCAGCAGAUAUGUUGACUUUUUCCCAUGAGGCGUUGCGAAUUUCGGCCUGUCCGCUGCAACCGAUAGGUGGCGCACCGAAUUGUGAAUCCAUCGAAUUCCAAGUGAUGCGUAGUAAAUCUCCUGACUGCAUUGGUUGGGUCAGUCUGAGAGAAAUCUAUUUCAGCUUUGAAAAGAUUGAUUAUUGAAUGUUCUUUUAGAUUUGCAAUUCUGACAAAUUGAUAAAUUAUGAAUGAAGGUUAAUGGAUCGAUGUUGGCAAUUACUACUCAAUGUAGACCAAAAAUCUGUCUGUUUUCGUCGGUAUUCUCUGUUGAAACUUGGUCUGGCUUCGCGGCAUCCCCUACCACUGUAGACCAAAGGAAUUAUCCCAUACGCACUGCAGCGAUGGUGGUAGACAUCAUGCCAUGAUAGUAACACAAACAUGAUUGACUGGCGCAUUCUUGUGUUCUAGCUGCAUUAAAAACAUGACGCGAGCCCUGUCUGUCUGGAAUCAAAAUUUUGUAUUUUACAUGGCAUAUUUCGAGAAACUGGUUAGAUGAACAUAUCUAUUAGAAAUUACUUUUCAUUCACAUGCUUUGUUUUCCUAAUCAAAAGUGGGGUUUACGCAGUAAUCAAAGAUGAUGAGGCAGCUAGCCCUUUUCACCAUAGGAUGCUGUAGUUAAGCAUCGCGCGAACCACCACCAUUACGAGUCCUAUGGGAGUCUUCCGUCUGUGUAGGAGAACUGAGAAAAAUUAGAAAAUUUAAAAACAAAACUGAGUAAACAGCAGAUUUUUUCAGUCUAUACUGGAUGGUGUUUCAUAAAGAUUCAAGUGUGACUUAGGGGGUGUUGCAAGAAAAUAUUUGCAAUCAAUUGCAAAUAUUCUGUUCCAAUUUUACGAUUGAUAAAUCAAUUUUUAACUGUAGCAAAUCAGAUUACCCUCCUUGUUUCAAGAAGCAGAUUAGCAAUCAAUCGCAAAUUUGCAAUUAAGUUAAAAACUUAUAAUUGAUUUAGGGACCGAAAAUAGACUUGCAAAUGAUCGCAAGUUUCUUGCAACACUCCAUAAGGGGGUGUUGCAAGAAGAUAUUUGAAAUCAAUUGCAAAUUUAAGUUGCAAAUUUAGAAGUGAUAGAUCAAUUCUAACUUGAGUGAAUUGAUUUAUUCUUGUUAAUACAAGAAGCACACCUGUGAUAAUUUGCAAAUUUGCAGUUAGUUGCAAGACUUGUGAUUGUUUUGGGGACUUAGAAAUUAACUUGCAUUGAUUGCAAGUUUCUUGUAACGCCCCAUUGAAGUCAUGCUAGAAUGUGUACACUACUUAAUGAUGUGGUCAUGUGUCACAUACUGCAUCCGAAUGGAAAUUUAUAUGUGAUUUUAGCGACACUUGAAUCUUUGUGAAACGCUCACCUGGUAAAACUUCUUUGUAUGAAGAACUAGCUUGUUCUGAGGCCUCGGCAGCGAAACCGACUGACAUCCAUGCCAUUUGGGUAUGAAGUAAAGAAAUUUAGGAUGAUCGAAUUCAUCUUUCUAUUCCCCGCAUCUGUAUUAUCUGUUCUUCAUUCCACGGGGAGAUGUUUGGAAGCUUACUUUCUGAAAGUGAAGGAAGGGUAUAAUAUAUUCAAGUAUUAUGGUGUAAAGCGGAUUGGGAAAGUUUGAGUUUUGGCUAGUGUACUUUUGAAGCACACAUGGUAUCCUUGAAAGCACACCACCCACUUAUGUAGAGAUAAUGAUCCACGGAAUAAUGACUUCUAUGGGAGAGUAUGAAACUAGAUGAAGUGAUGCAAUUAUUGAAUAUGCAGAUGAGUAAUGCAUUAGAUUCAGGAAACAUAAAAUGUUUUGUUUACCAAAGCAUAAUGCACUUUUGUGAAAAUGAAGACAAUCGGAUAUUGUUUCCCAGAAAAAAAAGACAAUUUAUGGUCUGUAACACAAGUUUUGAGAUGGUCUAAUAGAAAAAAAAUUGUUUGAUUAUUAUCCACAUAUGAUGCAGAAUGUAAUAUUACUCAAACACCAAGUGUUGAAAAUUGAUGAAUAUUUUGUAAUAUGAAGCUGGUCUCGUAAUUGUCCCGAACAAUUUUUCCUUUAAAGUGUUGAGUGCGUGAAAUAUGUAUUAAAGUUAUACAGUGUAUGUCCAAGCACCGUACUUUCUACAGUGAGUCUGGGUCACUGGUGAGAUGUAGUCAAGUUUUCCAGCAGACCAAAUGAUUUGAGAAAAUGAAACAAAAUUAACAUUUAUUGGAAGUGUAGCAAUGACAAAAGAAAAAUAGCCUCACCCAAUUUUGGUAGGAUUGAUUUAUGCUUGAUUGAAUUUAAAGUAUGUUUCCAUCCGUCAAAAAAUAUUGUGACUAUUUCAUUUUAUUAUAAGAAAAUGUGAUUUGUAGAAAUUUGAACUGUCAAAGUAAUGAUAUCAUUUGCGUCUUUUUAUGGUGUCUGUGAAGGGCCAAUACAAAGUGUUGCUUUUGCCCUCUUUUCGGUACACAAAAUUAGAAGUGAAAGAAAUAAAAUGAAAUUUGCAGGUAUUGGAAGUUCCAGAAUUUUCGGAAACAUGCCAUUUCCAAAUGGCAGACUUGGACUUUUUAAAGACUUGACCACGAAGAAACUUAUGGAUGGCCUUGUAAUGUUUGUUUAUUGAUAAGUCAACUUUUUGAGAAUAAAGAUUCUGAGAAUGUACUUAUCUUGGCUUGUAUGUAAUAAGUCGAGAUUGAAAAGUUUGUUGCAGACAUACGUUUCCCUCUUUUAUUAUUAUUAUUUUAUUUGACGAUGACUUUUGUAGUGUGGAUUAGAUGAUGCAUAUGACAAGAAAUGUUGCGUUUAUUAUUAAUGCGAAAAAUUCCAGUGCAUAUUAGCCAUUUUCAUGAUGUAAACAAAAUGCUAACAAUAAAAAGACAUUGAUAUUGCAAUGAAAAACAAUU